UAUAAACUCUUCAUUUACCUUUAGUCUUCAUCUUCCAUGGUGGGAAAAUGGGAAAGCUAAGCCACGAGUUACACAUACAGCACUUCAGCCAUCCCCAUCCGCUCGAGCUAACCAUUAAUCCUCAAACCCUCAACCUCUCUCCAUGUUCAGCCUGCAAGCUCCAAUCCUCUGGGUGGAUGUACACCUGCAAACCCUGCAACUUCACCCUCCACACUUCCUGCAGUCAGCUGCCCCGUCUGAUCACUCAUCCGUGCCAUCCCGACCACUCCCUCAGCCUCCUCCCGGGGCCGGCUUACCCAAUUGGGUAUUUCAGCUGCGAUGCUUGUGGUCAACGGGGCUAUGGGUUCAACUACCAUUGUAAUCAGUGUGAGUUCGAUAUCCAUUCCCUGUGUGCUUCGAAGCCAUUAGCUAUCCGCUGCGGUUCUCAUCCUUGCCAGCUUCAACUCUUCUUUUACCCUCCUUAUCAAACCAAGGGUUUCUCUUGUGAUGUUUGCCAUCAGAUCGGGUCCAACCACUGGCUAUAUCGGUGUAGUAUUUGUGAGUUCGAUGUUCAUAUGAGUUGUGUCAACAACACCGCUGCAAAUUCUGCAGGUACAUAUACAAACCCAUAUAGAACUACAAGUACAACAAGUGCAUAUACGAGCACACCCAGACAAGGGAAUGCUCAGAUUCAGGCAUGGAACACAUUUCCAGGGUCAGUUCAAAGCAAUAAUUUGCAGUAUGGAAAUGGAGCUGCCGCACCAAUGAACAAUCAAUGUUACAACAGCCAAAACAAUGGAGCGCCAGCGGGGAAUGAUUUGAUUGGUGUUGCGAUCCAGGGGUUUGUGGAAGGAGCGGCUCAACAAGUUGGUCAGAACUUUGUGCAGAGUUUGAUGGGCGGUGGUGAUUCCAACGAUGGUGGCGAUAAUGGUGGCGAUGAAUAAUAAUAUUUUUUCUGCAUGAAUAUUGGGAUGAUCAUGGUCUCAGUUACUUCCAU